AUGUCUUCAGAUAGGAUCCAUCGCGCCGCCAAAGAUGGGUUGCUGGACGUGCUGCGUGAAGCGACCCGGUCGGAGGUUAACGCCAAAGAUGUGGACGGGAUGACGCCCGUCCUGUGGGCUGCAUUCGAAGGACAUUUCGAUGCACUGAAGGUGCUUGUCGCGCGAGGUGGAGACCCCGACAAAGCGGAUCAGUUUGGCAACACGGCGCUACACCUGGCCGCGGCAAAGGGUCACAUGCAGUGUGUAGAUUUUUUGGUGCAAUUUGGGGUCAAUAUCUACGCGCUUGAUAUUGAUCACCAUAGUGCGCAGGAUCUGGCGGCGAUCAACAACAGGGACAACAUCCUGCGCUAUCUCGAUGCUGCCUCGGCUACUUUGGAAGCUACCGAUCGAAAGCGAGCCCUCGAGUACCGCGAGCAGGCGAAAAAGAAGAGUGAUAAGCGUGCGCGGGAGUUUGCAAGCCGACAGCAGAAGCUCGAUCGUGAGCAGGAUGCUAGUGUGCGGGUACGGCCGCAUCGUCCUUCGAACAUGCUGCAAGCCCUUAAGCAUAAGCUGUGGUCCGGUAGUCAGGGCAAUCUGUCGCAGGGGAUACAGACAAGGAUCGGACCCGAACCCCAGGUGGCUCCACCGGCUACGACGAAGUUUAGCGCUCUCGUCGGUGGGACCGUCCUGCGUGGUGGUGGAGCCGUGAAAAAGCGAGCGGAUGCAGCGAAAGUUCGACAGCAGAUGGAAAAUGGAGAUUUCAAAAUUGGCGAAAUCGAAGCGAAUGGAAAGCGGAGUGUACGCUCGAUUCAAGGACUGCGGCGUGACUCGGAAGUGCUUUACGUUGGUACGUACAGUUCGAACGACGGUUCGGAUGCUUCGGAUCGGCGUGGAAAGCUGAAGGACGUGUUCGAUGUUGAUCCUGCCAAUGCACGGGAACAGGAUGAUCCCGACGACGAUAGUGGCAGUGGGGCGAGUGGUAAAUUCGGUACCAUAUCCCGAUCGCUUAGCCAACCUGACUUCCUGGCCGCUGCAGGAGCUCCGGAUGAGGUUACGGAGGACGUGCUGCUGCAGAGACCGUCUGGGCUGUUUAAUCGGCCCUCAUUUGGUAACCUCGCAUUCCCCCGCUCCGUAUCGAACGUGCUCGCUCAGCUGGGUAACGAACAGUCCUCGAGUGCGUCGUCUGAUGGUUCGAUAAAGGUGAAACCAACGACGAAGGGAGCGAUCAAACCACGAUCGCAGCUGGUGAUCUCGGAUACGGACUCGGACGUAGAAAGCUCGGGCAACGAAGAGAACGAUUCGCUGGCGAUACUGCGCUUCCUGUCCGCCUUCAAGCUGGAAGAUUAUUACCCCGUGUUCCAAAAGAACGAAAUCGACAUGGAAACCUUGAUGAUGCUCACGGAGAACGACAUCAAAUCGCUUGGUCUGCCCCUCGGACCGUAUCGCCGGCUGUGCAAUGCUAUUCAGGAACGUAAAGACGCACUCCGCGCACCGGGUACUAUAAGCGACAGCCGAUUGUAAGGAGGAUAGUGCUUGAUUCCUACUGUACAGCUAAUGUUAAUACGAGAAGCAGUUGUAGCUAAUACGAGAAGUAGUUAUU